AUGAGACUCAAGAAGCCUUUCAAGGGACGCAGCAAAUUGGACGGCGUGGAAACUCUCAGUAGCGAGCCAUCUUCUCCCAAGAUGUUCGUGGAUCCGAAAGACCUUGACCCGCUUCAAAUGCAACCCGGAGAUGAGGAUCGGAACACGGCGUCAACUGAAGAUGGCAAUGGUUUGGAUCUUUCCAGGGUUAAUACAGACCCCGUGAACGACAGGAAACCAUUCCAUGUUCAGCCACUACAACUCAACAACGAGAAAAAACUGAACUACCCUUGGUCCGAAGCACAAUCUGGUAUUGGGCUAGACCUUGCGGGAAAAGACAGCGAGCUGCACCGCAAGGCAGUCUCAACCACCCAAGAAAGUCUGGAAGCGUUGGUUUUGUCUGGCAGACCGACACUGUAUACUUCUCAGCAAGGCCUCAAGCAGGGACCUAUCAACCCUUCGCAGCCACCAAAAGCACGCGGCAAUGGCAUAUCGCCCCAGAGCAGUUGGCCGAAAGAUCAGAACAAAAUACAAGACUCCAUGAGCUCACAGCUGACUCGUGUUCCCUUGGUGCGCAACGACUCAAGUUACACAGUCAAGACGGUAGCUGAGGUCAUGACUGGACCGGAUAUGCCUGGACACAUUUUCACACACGGGUCGGCAGAGGUCGAUUCCAAAACGAAGAAUGCCUCAGUCCGAGUCAUAGAAGACGUGUCUGCGGUGAGCUACCCCUCGGGUCCGCGCCAAACCAACCCUACGCAUGGGCCAGCGAUGGUUCACCAGGCUGCCAUGAUCUCGACCAGCAGCAAGACACGUGACACAACGAUCAUCGUCACAGAUACGGUCUGUGACACGUGCAACGGCCUUGAGUCCAACGUUCGCAAGCAGAGUAUGGCCUUGAAGGACUUGGAGAAGGUCAUAGAAGAACUUGAGGGCCAGAACAAAGAACUAAAGCGACAGAUCCAAGAGAAAGGAGCAACAGAAACAAGCCUGAAGCACAUAGAAGAACACUACCUCGCCCAGAUAGCCGAGCUGGAGCAAUCCAAUGAAUGGCUUCGAAAUAAGGUCUCAGAGCAGGCGCUUCCGACUGGAAGGCAGGCGAUCCCGGGUGUUGGUCUCCUUCCGGAUAGCGACAUCACAGAGAGGUGGCGAAAGCUGUCCUGGAAUAUGCGCCAACAUGUCAGCAGCAACGUGGUCAUGCCCUCAAAGUAUCCCGUCUACGGCGAAAGUCGACUUGCUGUUCUGAACAAGAUCACGCCAACAUAUACCCUCUUCUUGCGGUCUAAGAACGACCGCAUAGAUCUGGCUCAGGCAGUCAUCUGGGACUACCUGGCAAAUUACGUGUUUGCGUCACGUACCUGCUCAAGCUGGGGAUAUGGGUCUGGCAAAUUCAGUGACCAACUCAAACCUAUGACUGACAGUGUCUCGGCCGGCCACCGGCAAGACCGCAAUUUCCACCUUUGGAGGAGUCAGACGGCGGCUCUCCUCGCCUCGUACGCGAAACCCGACGAUGUCCAAUCGCACGCGAGGAAACUUGUGGAGGACAUCGAGAAGGAUCUGAAGCACCUGCUGCAGAACUGGGGCAGCUGCCUGCGCAAGCAACUCUUUGGCCUCGUCAUGGACGCCAUCCAGCUCGACGUCGAACUCUCGCAGCAGAAGUCGUGGUGGUUCUGCGAGUACCCCGGGGUCUCGGACCGUCGCCAUCGCUACGACAUCGAGUUCCAGGGCGGAUUGAUGAAGGCGGUGAAUGGCAACAUCGACGAAGGUGCGACGCACGUGACGCUUAUGGUCUCGCCUGCUCUCAUGAAGGCGGGCAACUCGGCGGGAGACAACUACAACACGAUAGAGGUGAUCGUCGAGUGCUCGGUGCAUCGGGGCAACCCGCGAAUGCCGGUGGGCAAAGCGACCCCGGCGACUUCACAGGCGCUGGUGUCAGUGCGCCACGAUCCGAUGGCCUACCAAAAUGCCCUCCGGGACAAGAGGAAAGCUCAGAGCGAGGCGGAGAGCCAGACACUCGGCAGCAAGAUACUCAAGAGCAUGGGUAUAUAG